AUGAUAUCGAUUUUACGUAUUGUUAUGAUAUUAUUAUUACUCAUCACCGAUUUUGGUCAAUCACUAAAUCUAUUGACGAGAUUAUUUGGAUGUGAUCCAAAUGAAAAAUAUACGUUUGGUUCAAUAUGUAUCGAAACAUGUACAUUCAAACCGAAAAUUUGUCCUACAAUGAUCAAAUUUGGAUGUUUUUGUAUGGAUGGAUAUCUACGUCAAUCGAAUGCUACUGGAAGUCCUUGUAUCAAACGUGAAGAAUGCAAAAAUUCCAGUGGCAUACCAAUAUGUGGUGUCAAUGAAGAAUAUACAACAUGUGGUUCGGCUUGUGCUUCGACUUGUGAUGACUUACGUUAUCCAUUACCAAAACCACUUAAACCUUGCAUUUUAUUAUGCCGUUCAGGAUGUUUUUGCAAGCAAGGAUACUAUCGAGCACAUGAUGGUAAAUGUGUUCCGCCUGAUCAAUGCUGUAAUGAAAACGAAAAAUAUAAAACUUGUGGUUCAGCUUGUAUUGAAACUUGUAAUCAAAAACCUCAAAUUUGUACACUACAAUGUGUUGCUGGAUGUUUCUGUGCCUGUUCAGAUUAUGUUCGAGAAGAUAAUAGUACUGAUAGUGCUUGUAUUCAUCGUGAUAAAUGUCCGACAGCAUAA